AUGGAAGUUAAUCAGGUAACAGGUUCUUUCAAAGAGCGUGGUGCCAGAUGGGCAUUAUUACAGCUGGACGAGAAGGACCGCAAAACAGGUGUGUAUGCAGCAUCUGCAGGCAAUCACGCGUUGGCGUUGAGCUAUCAUGGACAACAACUUGGCAUUCCUGUGAAUGUGGUUAUGCCGAGACAUGCACCCAUCAUGAAGAUUGAGUCAUGUGGACGAUUCGGGGCAAAUAUUCGCGUUGAGGGUAAACACAUGGUUGAGUCACGCACUAUUGGAUUGCGAUUGGCAAGCGAAAAUCAUGGAAAAUACAUCAAUGGCUACGAUCAUGUUGAUGUGAUUGCCGGAGCUGGAACUGUAGGACUUGAAGUAAUCGAGCAGGUGAUGCAUGCCGAUGUAGAUGCCGUUUUAGUACCGGUUGGGGGUGGUGGUCUUAUUGCUGGAGUAUCACUGGCAAUCAAAUCCGUAUUUCCACGAGUGAAAGUUAUCGGCGUUGAAGCCGCUUCAUGUAGCGGUUUCAAGGUGCAUUCUUUGGAAGCUGGAAAGCCAGUACUGUCAACGUCGUUGGGAACGCUGGCUGACGGUUUAGCCGUUCCGUUGAUUGGAUGCAAUUCAUUUGCUACAGCCAAAGAUCACAUUGAUCGUAUGGUAACGGUGAGUGAAGAGGACAUAUCACUAGCGAUUCUACGUCUUGUGGAAUACGAAAAAGUAGUUGUCGAAGGAGCUGGUGCAGUUGGUAUAGCAGCGUUGCUAUCGGGUCAGUUAAAUGACCUAAAGGGCAAGAAGGUGCCUCUUGAACGGCCUUUGUGCAGUGAUAAGAUCAGUGAUAACAAUGAUAAUGAAUCAGGAAUGGUAUCCGAUCAUAGACUCAUGAGGGUGGAACUUGUGGUUUCCGAUCGACCAGGUAGCUUAGCCGAGAUGGCAAAUAUAAUUGCCGAACAAGGUGCAUCACUACACGAUAUAAAUAAGGUAUUCAGAUUCAUUUAA